AGGAUCCUGCUCAUCCUAGUUCACAUACCUUACGCAGAGAAAGAUUGGCUUCUCCUCCAGGAAAAGCAGUUCCAGACGACCUGUCAAGUUUCCAUUUGCCCUCUUGUGGGUUUAAAGCGGCCCCGUUUGGAGGUUGUCGAGAGGUCUGAGAAGGUCAAGGGGAUUAAAGGAUGGUGGUGGUGGUCUUGCUGGGGCUCAGCUGGUUCUGCGCCCCCCUGGGAGCUCUGGUUCUGGACUUCAACAACAUCAAGAGCUAUGCUGAAGGGGCUCGUAAGGGUUCACAGUGCCUGUCUGACAAGGACUGCAGUUCUAGAAAAUUCUGCCUCAAACCUCAAGACGAGAAGCCAUUCUGUGCUACGUGUCGUGGGUUACAGAGGAGGUGCCAACGUAGUGCCAUGUGCUGCCCUGGAAUGCUCUGCUUGAAUGAUGCUUGUACGAUGAUGGAAGAUAGAAUGCCAAUAUUGGAAAGACAGAUCGAUGACCAAGAUGAUGUGGACACAAAAGGAACAACUGAGCAUCCAAUUCAGGAAAACAAACCCAAAAGGAAGCCAAAUAUUAAAUCACAAGGCAGUAGGGGGCAAGAGGGAGAAAGAUGUCUUAGGACUUCUGACUGCAGAGCUGGACUUUGCUGUGCUCGUCAUUUUUGGACUAAAAUUUGUAAGCCAGUCCUCUUGGAGGGACAGGUCUGCUCUAGGAGAGGGCAGAAAGAUACUGCUCAAGCUCCAGAAAUCUUCCAGCGCUGUGACUGUGGUCCUGGACUGUUAUGUCGAAAUCAAGUGACUGGCAACCGACAAAUUGCGCGGUUAAGAGUAUGCCAAAAAAUCUAAAAAGCUGUAAAUACUUCAAAAUAAAGACAACUCCUUAUUGUAUUCAAACAGAAAUCUCAGACAUUAAUUUAAAAAUCUUUUAUACAAAUAUCUCUAUAAAUCAAAUCUGGUAGCAACUGAGAUAGACCCAGAGCACUGUGAGAUGCUGCCUUGUGAGGAGGGAAAACUGGCGUGGGCUUUUUGUCUAUUUCUGCAGAAAAGUCAUGGGAUUCUACAGAAAAGUUUCGUUUGACUUAGUGACUCAAAUAAAUCUUUACAUAAUUUCUGGUGAAAUUUUAGUACCCUGACAGUAGCUUAUGGGGAAAAUAAGUGAUGGUCUCUGCAGUUAAUUCUUAUCUUACCAGUGAAAAUUAUCACAGUAAAGAAAAAAAAUUUUUCCUUAAAAUCCCUCUUAUUGUCUUUCAUUUCUUGUAAGG